AAGAGUAGUAGGGAUGUGUGCGUUCUGGCUCAGCUUUGGAGGGUCAAACAGUCCUGGUUUUGGUUGAUGACCUUUUUUUUAGCAGCCACACUGAGAACCUCAGGUGUUACUUGGUGUCAACAAGUGGGCGGGGUGUUGGUUCAAGAUGUCGCUCUCCUAUUGGUCGUUGCGGUAAUUAGUGGUUCUAAUUAGCUAAUGACAUUCCAUUAAUUAGGCCACACCUCCUAGUUGAAGUUAUCAAGUGGGCGGGGUCUUGGUUCUGGAUGGCGCUCUCCUAUUGGUCGUUGCUGUCAUUUAUGAUGCUCAUUCCUUAUUACAUCGUAAUUACAUAAUUCUCGAUGGGACUCUGCUAUUGGGUAGGUAAUUAAUGAUUCCCUAACUGCAUCCAUUAAUUAGGCGACAUUGCUCAUUUACGAGUAAACUGUUAUGAGCCUUUCAUAUAUUCUUAGACCAACCAACAGACGUUUCUCAGGGGUCACGGUUCUAACCUAACCUAACCUAUCAACAGCGCAUCACGGUUUAAACCUAACCUAACCUACCAACAGACGUUUCUGUCUGCUCAGGGGUCACGGUUUAAACCUAACCAACCUGUCUCUAAUGCCAUCGAAGUUCAAAUCAAACCUAACCUAAUUUUAUUAUUUUUAGAAUACUUCAAAUAUCUAGUUUUAUAAAUAUUCUCGUUCAUUACAAAGUUGAAUGUUGAAAUCUCUAUUUCACACAAUGGAAUUUUAAUGUGACUUUAAUGUAUGUAUAAUCUACUUAGUAAUUGAGCUUAUCAUAAUUGUUAGCCAAAUUCCAAUAACACGUAUUUAGAAGCAAAACAAGUUAUCAAUUAUCAAACAAGACUUUGUAUUGAAACAAGAUGUUUAAUGAUCAAGAGUUGUAUAUAUAAAGACCUACGACGAUUUCUUUUUUAUACUACUAUCGAUUGACCCACGCUGUACUCCUACACCAGAAGGCAUCAAUAUGUCGAACUCCCCAUCAAAUGUCUUCGACGGCCAAGACUAUACAUUUAAGCAGUACUAUUAUCCAGUGUCAGAUGCAGAGGACAGCCUAACUUGUGUACCAGACGAGCCGGUGAAGCGAAAAUUAAACACACACUCAAAUAUCGAUGCAUUCUUUGACCAGCCAAAGAUAAAGAGGAAGAAAAACGUGUCUUCCACUGUAGGAAAAGGCUGUAAAGGGGGUGGUAUAUCAUAUAUAUCUACAAACAAAGACGAUGGUACGAAUUCGACACAUCUAAUCAAAAUAGAAAUAUUUGAUAUGAAAAAACUAUCCAAAGUUUCUGAUACAACUAAACACUGGAUGUUUGCGGAUGUGCGUGCAAAAUAUUUCGUGAUGGAAAAUGAAACAAAUAAGCACUUACAGCAAGCUAAAGAUCUCAUUUACGGAAUCACGAAGGAGAUUUCCGAAUCCGACGAGUGUAAAAAGUACCAUUUUAAUUCAAAAGUCUAAUCACUGUUGUCUAAUUGUGAAUAAAAAUAUAUAGUUUAUA